AAAGCGUGGCACCGCCUCCUUUAUUGUAGAAUUUAAAGAGGCAGGGAAAGUGCCAACGCGUAUCUUUACAAGCCCAGAAAAAACCGUGAUUGAGACGUGUUGCUAAAAAUUGGACAGAAGAUGCUGCUGCAGUCACUACCUUCCCUCAUUCUCAUCCUCGGGGUGGUGGUAGCUGUGCCCGCUAAAGAGAAGCGUGUCCAUCGCCAUAGUGACCUGAGUGACCACGCCCAUGACGACUCCACUGGUUUCCAUUAUGACCACGAAGCCUUCCUGGGCAAAGAGGAAGCCAAGACCUUCGACCAGCUGACCCCUGAGGAAAGCAAAGACAAACUUGGGAAGAUUGUAGAUCGCAUCGACACAGACAAGGAUGGUUUCGUGAGCCAUGGUGAACUGCACCAGUGGAUCAAACACAGGCAGAGGAGGUACAUCGAGGAGAAUGUGCUGAAACACUGGAAGGAGUACGACCAGAACAAGGAUGGGAAGAUCGGCUGGGAGGAAUACAAGAACACCACCUACGGCUACUACCUGGAUGAGGAGUUUGACGACGUGGAUGACAAGGCUAGCUACAAGGCCAUGUUGACUAGAGACGAGAGGCGCUUUAGGACAGCUGACCGCGAUGGGGACGGCAUCGCCACCAAGGACGAGUUCACUGCCUUCCUUCACCCCGAGGAGUACGACCACAUGAAGGCCGUUGUUAUACAGGAAACCGUAGAAGACAUUGACAAGAACGGUGAUGGAAAGAUCACCCUUGACGAAUACAUUGGGGACAUGUUCACACCUGAGAAUGGAGAGAGUGAACCAGACUGGGUGCUGACGGAGAAAAAGCACUUCACAGAGAUCAGAGACACCAACAAGGAUGGUUUCCUGGAUAACCAUGAGGUAGCUCAGUGGAUCCUGCCAGGAGAGAUUGACCAUACUGACAAUGAGGCUAAGCACCUCAUCCACGAGACAGACACAGACAAGGAUGACAAAAUAACCAAGAAGGAGAUUCUGGCUAAUUGGAACAUGUUUGUGGGAAGCCAGGCGACCAAUUACGGAGAGGAUCUCACCAGGAGACAUGACGAGCUUUGAUGAAGUCAUGCGAAGGCUUAGGGAGGGGUUAAGGGCUCCAUGCAAAUGGAGCUCCGUUUGCGCAAUUCUAUGUACUUUUUGUGCAGCCAAAUUUUUGGAACGCACCGUAUACGUACUCUGUUUGCAUAGAGCCCUCUAGGGAGAGGGAUUUCCAAAAUACAUAUUGGGGUUUUGUAUUGUGAAAGGCCAUACACUUAUAAUGGAGAAUACUGUUACUAUUAAGGAGUUGGGUAGGGGGAAGUUCUGAUGGGAAAAGGUCACAGGUCAUAUUUAUACAGUUAACGGUAACUGGUAACGGGAGCAUGGAGAUGUUUACACACGCGGAUACAUAACCACAACUACAGCCUCUCACACACAACACAAUCAUGCUCAUGUGUGAAUAAAGACACUCCACAAGUCAACAGGCUUAUUUUUUUAACAGCAUCAUAUAUAGAAUAUACACUUGGUUCACAGGGUGGAAGGAAGGGAGGGGGCAAAAUUGAAUUACAC